AAGAACAACAGAGAAUUCCGUUUUCUUCUUCCAAAAACCCUAAUCGAUAAACCCUAAAAUCUUCUCUUCUUACUUUGGCAUGGAAAUUGCUUCGGCAACUACCCAACCUCCUUCAAUUCCUCUUCUCCAGAUUCCUUCUUAUCGGAUUCGAAGCUCUCAUCCAUCCCGCGCUUCUGCUCUUUAUCUAUCUGGCAACAGAAAACCUGGCGGAAUCAGAGCCGUUCUUCCCUGCUACGGGAUUUCGGUGCCCGUUCGCAAGAGCAAAACAAAAGGUUACUAUGUACAGUUUGGACAUUGCGGGCCACGGCAAUUAUCAUCCAUUUCAGCUGUUGGUAAUAGCACUGUACUACCAAGUGACUGCACUAGAGAGCAGCCUUCAUUUUCAGUCCAGGAAGACAACAUCACAGGUCGUGAAGAUGAGGAUAGAGAGGAUCCUGAGUCCUCAGAAAAUGAUAGAAUGAUUAGAGUUUGUGACAAGCUAAUUGAAGUUUUCAUGGUCGACAAGCCCACGUCGACUGACUGGAGAAGGUUAUUAACAUUCAGCAAGGAAUGGAGCAACAUCCGGCCUCAUUUCUAUAACCGCUGUCAGGAAAGAGCAGAUGCGGAGCAUGACCCAGGGAUGAAGCACAAGCUACUUCGCCUUGGAAGAAAGCUGAAGGAGGUUGAUGAUGAUGUGCAAAGGCAUAAUGAACUUCUUGAAGUGAUUAGAGGAGCACCAUCUGAAAUUAGUGAGGUUGUGGCCAGGCGCAGAAAAGAUUUUACUAAGGAAUUCUUUGUGCAUCUUCACACUGUAACAGAAUCCUAUUGUGAGAAUCCGGCUGAGCAAAAUGAUUUGGCAAAACUGGGAAAUGCAUGCUUGGCUUCUGUACAGGCGUAUGAUACUGCUUCUGAAAGCAUCGACGCUCUGAAUGCUGCUGAGUUGAAGUUCAAUGAUAUCAUUAAUUCCCCCACUCUAGAUGCAGCGUGCAAAAAGAUAGAUUCUUUGGCCGAGAAAAAACAACUUGAUUCUGCAUUGAUGCUAAUGCUCACCAAAGCUUAUUCAGCUGCCAAAGAGUCGAAUAUGAUGAAAGAUGAGGUAAAAGACAUACUGUAUCACUUGUACAUGACUGCAAGAGGUAAUCUUCAGCGGCUCAUGCCCAAGGAGAUCAGGAUACUCAAGUAUCUUCUCACAAUCGAGGAUCCUGAGCAGCAGUUAUGUGCUCUAAAAGAUGCAUUUACUCCAGGUGAUGAACUCGAAGGGAAGGAUGUUGACAACUUAUUCACUACUCCAGAGAAGCUUCAUACCUGGAUACAAACUGUCGUUGAUGCGUACCAUUUCAGCAGAGAAGGGACUCUCAUCAGGGAAGCAAGGGAUUUGAUGAACCCAAAGAUCAUAAAAAAGCUGGAGGAACUGAAGAAACUAGUUCAGAACAAUUUCAUGUAACGUAAUAUUGGCAAUAUUAACAGAUUCAUGUCAAUCUGCUCUCAAGCAAUCUCUCCCUCAACCCCCAUUAUACACAACACUCAAAACCCAUAAGCUUCAAAACCCAAAUCACAGCCCCUAACUUCAGAAAUAGAACUUAAUACAUCCAAUUUCUCCUUGGACCUGAUUGCAUUCACCCGAGUUGAGGCCUUGUAUUACCCAUAAAGCCCCAGAUCUCAAAGAAACUUUUCUGCUGCCAUGAACCCUUCGAUUACCUGAUGCUUCAAAGGACGAAGAAUCACCUGUCUGCAAUCGCUGUUGAUAUGUGCCAUUACAUUGAAGUGAAAACAUACCUUUGUGGGAUGCCUGUACCAUUUGUAUGGUGGAUGAUUUCGUAAAUUAUACAAUAUGAUUAACCUUGCUUAUUUGAUUUAAAAAAUGGAAGUUGAGCUACCAGCCA